AGUAGCCGUAGAAGAAGAAGAAGAAGAAGAAGAAGAGCUGCUAACCCUGACUGCCACACAGCGCAGCGGAGCUCCGGUGCACCAAACACACAGCAGCACGUUGGGGCGGAAGAGAAAGCAGCGCGAGGGGGAACACCGAGACCGGGGGGACGUCUGUGACGCGCCAGUGACCAUGGUGGGCGAAAGCCGCAAUGGGAACCUGCUGGUCCAGCUGGGCCCGAGGCUGCAGGCGUAUCCAGAGGAGCUGAUCCGCCAGCGCCGCAACCAUGACGGACAGACGGAGUACCUGAUUCGCUGGUGCCUCGUCACCAUCGACGACGGCUCCGUCGGCGGAGCCGACGAGGCAGGCGGCGGCUCCGGGUCGGACGGGUCCGGCGGCUCCACGUCAGGAGAGAGCAAGCUGGAGAACAUCCUGAUGUGGAUGUCCACUGAGGACGUGUACGCCAACUGCCCCGGCCUGCUGGGCAAGAGGAAAGCGGACGCGCAGGAGGCGCCGGACGGCGAGGCCUCCAACGGGAGCGCCACCGAGUUUCCCGUGGACGUCACCUUCGACGAGGUGGAGCUGUCGGACAUGAAGGAGGACGUGAAGAACCUGGUGCGUCGAGCCAGAAAGCAGAUGGCCAAGAAAAGCGACUUCUCCAUCAGCAUCACGCAUACCAUCCACGUGCUCAGCGCCUACGCCGGCAUCGGGUCGCUGGUCGGCGUCUUCAAGGAGACCGGCGCCCUCAACCUGCUGAUGGAGCUGCUGUGCAACAAGGAGACGCAGACCCGCCGCAGUGCCGGCAAGAUGCUGCGAGCGCUCGCCUCACACGACGCAGGAAGCCGGGCGUACGUCCUCCUGUCCCUCAGCCAGCAGGACGGCAUCGAGCAGCACAUGGACUUUGAUAACCGCUACACUCUGCUGGAGCUGUUUGCUGAGACCACGUCCUCUGAGGAGCACGGCAUCUCCUUUGAAGGGAUCCACCUGCCGCAGAUUCCUGGGAAGCUGCUCUUCUCUCUGGUGAAGCGUUACCUGUGCGUGACGUCGCUGAUGGACAAGCUCAACACGGCGGGGGUGGAGCCAAACUCUGACAGACAGGACACCAGCCCCUCUCCCGCCUCCUCCUCCAGUACCGCCCACCAAACUGAUCAACUCCGCCUCCAGCGAGAGUUCGACUUCACCAUGGCCAUGGCCAACCUCAUCUCAGAGCUGGUCCGUGUGAUGGGCUGGGACCGGAACCGCCAGUCCCCGGAUGGCUCCGCCCACAGCCCGGGAGGAGGCAGGGCCUGCAGGGAGGAGCCGGGGGAGGAAGCGCAUCGCCCCGUCCUCAGGUCCAUUUUCCAGCCUCGUUUCUGCGCCUCCCCCGUCAUCCUGACCAACACCUUCACAGUAGCCGUUCCUGUCGCCUCCGCAGCCGCCGCCGUCGCCGCCACGGCACCAAAGAAGAAGACAGGAAAUGGAUACAAAAUGCGCUCCGACUUCGCCAGCCGCUCGGCCUACGUGGAGUACGUCCAGGACAACCUGAAGAGCGGCAUGAUGGUUCGUAUGCUGGAGGACUACGAGGAGGUCAGCGCCGGUGACGAAGGAGAGUUUCGCUACAGCAACGAUGGCUCGCCACCUGUUCAGGUGUACUGGAACUCCCUGUCCAGGACCUACUGGGUCCACUGGCAAAUGGUGGAGAUCCAGGGCGGCGGCAACAGCAGUCAGGCUGAGAAGGAGACGCAGGAGAAGGCGUCCACCCUGACGGAGACUCUCAAACUCACAGCUGUGAGUCAGACGUUCUUUUCCAAGCCCCCCGGUGGUCUCUACUCCUUGCCCUACCUGUCCGAAGGUCUGAACCUGGAGACGCCGGCUCUGAGUCGGGCCGAGUGGUGGGAGAUCCUCUUCUUCAUCAAGAAGCUGGAGCUCAAACAGCAGCAGGACGUCAACGGCGUCCUGCUUCAAAGCCUCGAUGACCAGGAGGUGGAGCUGGACGAUUCGUCUCUGAUUGGUCUGUCGGUCCCUGGAGACGUGACUAAGAAGCUGCUUCACUACCUGAAGCAGAAGCUGCCGUCGUCGUGUCUGAACGACCUGCUUUGUUCUCACACCUUCUCCAAACACUACCUGAGAAGAGGAGGAGGGAGUCUGGAGGAUGAAGAGCUGCUGGCUGAAAGCUCUCUGGGUUCGUCCAGCCUGGGAGGAGAAGGAGGACAGAACUCAUCCUCUUCGUCAUCGGCCUCUUCCUCAGCGAUGGGUUCCGUCUCCAAAAAAGCAAAGAAGGAACCGCCCGCUGACGCCGGCUGCGGCAGCCCGGAGACGGAGAACGAGCUUCUUUCAGAGGACGACAGCAAAUACCCCGAGGACCUGGAGGACAAGAUGAAAGUGUUCAACAACCCGCGGGUCCAGGGCAAGAAGACGGUGCUGGAGAAGCUGGGGGAGGUGGUGGACAUUCUGAAGAAGGCGGGGUCGGGCUCAGACCCAGAUCAGCAGUUGGCCACUGUCCUCUUCCUCACCAGGCUGGUACAGGAGAUGGGAGCCCAGGAGAAGAACUCCAUGAGGAGCGAUUCUGCCCAGACCAUCCGGGACAAGGUGCUGAAGCUGCUGGUGGAGCUGCUGGCCUCGUCCUCCAAAGACCUGGUGAUCGGCACGCUGAGACUCACUCGCCUCCUCAUGCUGAAGUACGAGUGGAGGGUUUCCUUCGCUACCGAGGGCGGAGUCAAAGCCGUCCUGUCCUGCAUGCAGGAGUUCUCCACCGCCGCUCACGUCCAGCAGCUGGCGCUCGCAACCCUGAAGGUGAUCUCUGGAGCCAGUAAACACGACCUGCGCAGCGUCGGUUCCAGCCUCCCGCUCUCCGAGUCCGGCACUCAGAUGAUGUUGGAGCUCUUCUCCAGCAUCGGCUCGGCUACGCCUGAAGGCUCACGAGGCCUGCUGGGAGCCGUCCCCGCCGCCAUCGACCUCAUGCUGCAGACUAAAGGCUGCAUGCUGUCGGUGCGUAACGGCCUGCUGGUCGUCAUCAUGCUCAUCUCCAACCACAAGAGCCUGGCGGAGCAGCUGGUGGCCGCCGGCGUCACCGCCGUCCUCAAGAAGUGUCUGACGCUGUCCAGAGCCGAGACCAUGCUGGCCAUCAUCGCCCUCAACCACAUCUCCAUGGUGCACAAGCUGGAGAGCAAAGAGUGCCGUGAGCAGCUGGACUUGAAGGACACAGAGCUGCAGAUGUUGGUGGUGAGUCUGAAGGAGCUGACGACCACCAGAGAGGUGAUCCACACUCUGGAGCAGCUGCUGUGUGACGACGCCUCCCAGCUGGAGGAGGAGCGCAGCCAGGUGACUCGCAGUCGGGACACCUAUCAGGAUCUGGUCCGGCUGAUGGAGCAGCACCGAGCCGACCGAGCCGUCCAGCUGUCCAUCCUCAGGAUCCUGAACAAGUUCCUGGACCACUACCAGGAGGACACGCUGCCGUGGCACGAGAGCAUCGAGCCCUGUCUGUCCUCCAUGACGGCCUUCAUCAACGACAGAGAGGUGGUCCAGCUGUUUGUCCGCUUCCUGUGCCGGCUGGCGUCCCUGAACAAGGAUUACACGGUGGUGAUGUGCCGCCUGGGCACCAAAGAGGUUCUGGUGAAGGCUCUGGACAAACACAGCACCAACCUGCUGCUGGGCCCCGAGCUCAGGGACCUCAUCAGCGACUGUGAGAAGUACGCCAGCCUCUACAAGAAGAUGACCACGAGCGUGCUGGCCGGAUGCAUCCAGAUGGUGUUGGGUCAGAUAGAGGAGCAUCGUCGCAGCCAUCAACCAAUCAACAUCCCCUUCUUUGACGUGUUCCUCAGGAAUCUCUGCCAAGGCUCCAGCGUGGAGCUCAAGGAGGACAAGUGCUGGGAGAAGGUGGAAGUUUCGUCCAAUCACCAUCGAGCUAACAAGCUGACCGACAAGAACCCCAAAACCUACUGGGAGUCCAACGGCUGCACCGGUUCACACUUCAUCAACAUCUACAUGCACAAAGGAGUCGUCAUCAGACAACUGGCCAUUCAGGUCGCCAGCGAGGACUCGAGCUACAUGCCGGCCAGAGUUCUGGUUCUGGGAGGACACGACCCGACCAAUAUCAACACAGAGCUGAACACGGUGAAUGUGACUCCAUCGGCCAGUCGCGUGGUUCUCGUGGAGAACAUGACCAGGUUUUGGUCCAUCAUCCAGAUCAGGGUGAAGAGAUGUCAGCAGGGAGGUAUUGAUACUCGAGUCCACGGUUUCGAGGUUCUUGGUCCGAAGCCGACGUUCUGGCCGGUGUUCAAGGAGCAGCUGUGCUGUCGGACUUACCUGUUCUACAGCACCAAGGCCCACACCUGGUGCCAAGAGGUGAUGGAGGACAAGACGCAGCUGCUGCAGCUCUUCAACAAGCUGAACAGCUCUCUGAGACACGAGCAGAUGUUUGCUGAUCGUUUCCUGCCGGACGCCGAGGCGUCUGAAGCUCUGGGUCGAACCUGCUGGGAGGCUCUGAUCACCCCUAUCGUCCACAGCAUCACACUUUCAGAAUCCUUAGCGUCCAGCCCUUUGUCCUGGCUGCUCAGUGAGUAUCUGGCCAACACCGAGUCGACCCGGCGCUGUAAAGGCCGUGCGGCCAUCUUUAACUCCAGAGUGAGGCGCCUCACACACCUGCUGGUCCACGUGGACACGAGCCGGGUGGACGGCGAGGAGCUCAAACCGCCGGUCAAAUCAAAAGGCCUCAACCGAAGCAAAGAGCUGAAGAACGGUAAAGAGGGGAAGAACAAAGAAACGGCCGCAGCCUCUUCCUCCUCCUCCUCGGCCAAGCCCAAGGUUAAGGGCAGCAGCAGCAUUGCAGGCAUCGCCCUCUGUUGGCAGGGAGUGGUACAGCGCCAGGUGAAGAGUUUUCUGGAGUCCAGCUGCAGCCUGCCGGACUUCGUGGAGUGCUACCGGACCCUGUACCUGCGGCUGAAGAACGCCAUGGAGGAGCUGUUCGGACAGCAGACCGCCUUCGUGCUCGCCCUGCGACACGGCUUCUCCACCGCCCUGCUGCAGCUGUCCAUCCUCAGAGCCAUGCACGUGAGCGAGCGCUUCUCCCAGUACAUCGACUCCACCAUUCAGGCGAGCGGCAUGGCGUCGGGCGGGGUUCAGACUCUGGAGCGUCUGCAGCAGUUCUUGGAGCCGAUGCUCUUCCUGUCGGGUCUGGAGCUCGCCAACACCUUCGAGCACUUCUACAGGUACUAUCUGGGCGACCGGCUGCUGGCUCAGGGGAACGUGUGGCUGGAGAGCGCCGUGGUGGAUCAGAUCGGCAGCUGCUUCCCGAGUCGGUUCCCUCAGCAGAUGUUGAAGAACCUGAGUGAGUCGGCUGAGCUGCAGCAGGAGUUCCACCUGUACCGCCUGCAGCAGCUGGACCGAUGCCUGCAGGAGCACGACCAGAUGAUGGAGGAGGAGUGGGCGGAGUCAGAGGAGGAGGUGGAGGUCCAGGUUCUGGUCCUGUCUCCACGCUGCUGGGCCGUGUCCUCACUUUGCUUCCUGGACGAACCCACCAAACACUUUCCAGAAGAACUAUGCUCCUACCUGAACCAGUUCACCCAGUUCUACACUCACAGUCAAUCCAUGAUGGGUUUGAGCCACUGGAAACCUCGCCGUCUCCAGUGGACUUGGCUCGGUCACGCUGAGCUUCAGUUCGGCUGCUGGAAGCUUCACGUCUCCACUCUGCAGAUGUUCAUCCUGCUGCAGCUCAACAGCCACCAGGAGGUUCCAGUGGACGCUCUGCUGCAGGCAACUGGCCUCUCAGCUGCCGUCCUGCUGCACGCUCUGCUGCCGCUCAUCGCAGAGGAAGGACCGCUGACCUGCAGCCAGCCGGAGGAGCACUGCCAAGGUGUGUUGCAGUUGAACCAACAGGUGGCGUCUCGCAGCGUGGGCGGCGUGCCGGCGUCCGUCCGGCUGCUGCCCAGACAGACAUACCUGAACGUGGACGAGGACGCCGCCGGCACUCUGGAGAGGAAGAGGAACUACAUCUACUGUCUAAUCGUCCACAUCAUGAAGCGGGAGAAGGAGAUGCACAUCGACAACCUCGUCUUUAAGGUGCUGGACUCCUGUCAGAAACGGGAAGCGUGCGGCGGGCGCUUCGGCUGCAGCACCGGCGACGUGCUCUCCUGCAUCAUGCACGUCAUCGGCAGAGGCUGCGUCCGCCGCAACGAGGACAACCCGCACAUCCUGGAGUUCCUGCCGGAGGACCCGUCUACGCCGCAGAAGGGCCAGGCACAGUUCUCCUUCGGCGGGGCCGAGAUCAGGAAGGACGCCGUAGCUGACGGCGGGGCCGACAUCAGUCUGAUGUCGGCACCUCGGCGGUUCGAGGACGGUGUUCUGGACGCGGUUCUCUUCUCGAUGGGUCGGACAAUGACGCAUGAGGAAGUCCGUCAAUUGAUGCAGAGGACUGUCCAACAGGUAUCGGGGACUCUGAGUCUGGACCUGGACCGAGCCGAGCACCUCCUGGUCCACUGCAGGUGGAACGUGGACCUGCUGGUUCAGCGCUACACCGACGACCCCGACACCCUCGUCAUGGCCGCCGGACUCAAGAGCCGGAACCCUCAGCCGAGCCCCGCCUCCACCUGCCCAGUCUGCCUGGGGCCCCGCCCCCCUCCUACAGAGCCGGUCCCCUCACUCAGCUGCAUGCACUACUGCUGCAGGUCUUGCUGGCAGGAGUACCUCACGGCGAGGAUCGAGCAGAACCUGGUGAUGAACUGCAACUGUCCCAUCACAGACUGCCGGGCUCAGCCCACGUCGCUGUUCUUCCUCAGCAUCCUCACCGACAAGGACACCAUCGCCAAGUAUGAGAGUGCCUUGCUCAGAGGCUACGUGGAGUGCUGCUCCAACCUGACGUGGUGCACCAACCCUCAGGGCUGUGAUCAGAUCCUGUGUAAGGAGAACAUGGGCAGCAUGGGGACCUGCUCCUCCUGCUGCUGGUCCUCCUGCUUCAGCUGCAACUUCCCCGAGGCCCACUACCCGGCCAGCUGCAGCCACAUGUCCCAGUGGAUGGAUGACGGAGGCUACUAUGAAGGGAUGAACAUGGAGGCUCAGAGCAAACACCUCGCCAAGCUCAUCUCCAAACGCUGCCCCAGCUGCCAGGCGCAGAUCGAGAAGAACGAAGGCUGCCUGCAUAUGACCUGUGCCAAGUGUAACCAUGGCUUCUGCUGGCGGUGCCUGAAACCAUGGAAACCAACACACAAAGAUUACUACAACUGCUCCGCCAUGGUGAGUAAAGCAGCCCGGCAGGAAAAGAAGUUCCAGGAUUAUAAUGAGAGAUGCACCUUCCACCACCAGGCCAAGGACUUUGCGAUCCACCUGGAGAUCAAAUUGUCGUCCAUAAAUGAAGCUCUUCAAAUGAAGUCUUUGACAUUCGUCAUCGACGCCUGUAAAGUCCUCGCUCAGGCUCGUAAGGUGCUGGCCUACUCCUGCGUCUACAGCUACUACAACCAGGAGACGGAGAAGAUGGACGUGAUGGAGCAGCAGACGGAGGCUCUGGACCUGCACACCAACGCCCUGCAGAUCCUGCUGGAGGAGACUCUGCUGCAGUGUACCGACCUGGCCUCCUGUGUCCGGUUGCUGAAACCAGAACACCUGAACACGGGACUGGAACUGAUCCGACGCAUCCAGGAGCGCCUUCUGGCCAUCCUGCAGCACUCCACUCAGGACUUCAGGGUGGGUUAUCAGUCCAAGAGCAGCCAGGAACCAGAAUCCACUCAGGCCUCCAACCUGUCCAACAACAUGGACGCCAACAAAGUGUCGGAGUCCGGCGACUCGGACAACAACAACUACGGCGGUGAGGAGGCCGGCGAGGACGAGGAGGACGACGAGGAGUACGUCCCCGAGUGGCACGAGGACUACGACGAGGACGACGUUGACGAGGACGACUUCUUCUCCGACGACGACGAGUCUGAGAACCUGGAGAGGGACUUCAGCCCCUUUGACUGAACCACGGCCACGCCCCCUUCUUCCCCUGAAGCCCCACCCACCGCCAACACUGCUGCGCUCGCUUUCCACUUCCUGUAUUUCACCUUCUGUGUUUCCAUGAAAUCAAAGUACGGAACGAGACGAGGGUCAUGUGAAGAAAAAAGAGUUUAAUAUUUAAAUUCUUAGUUUAGUCUUUAAAUUAUGAGAAUUAAUUAUAAAUACUAUAAGUUUAGUUUUAGCUUUAAAGCCUGUUUGAACCACUUUGAACAAGGUGAGCUUAAAUAUAGUUUAAACAAUUUGAAAAGUCUAAAACCAGUUUAAAAUGUUAAAAACAGAUUAAAUCAGUUUAACACAGAUUUAAAAUGAGGAUUGGGUUAAAAUAGCAGAGUUCCAACUUUACCUCUUCUGGACUGAACCCGGUUCUGGAUCCGGUGGUGGCGGUCCUGGAUCUCCUGUUGCUUUGUGAUUAUUGAUCCGGAGUUAUUGAUCAUCACACGCUGGGCCUUGAUUAUUUUUACCACACAAGCUUUUUUUACGUGUUUGUAGAGUCAGAUGUUUCUGAGCAUCUAAGAGGAGGAGCCUCUGGAGGAGGAGCCUCUGGGGUAUCACUGCAAUAACGGUCCACGGAACUGGGUCCACAGGGCCAGCUCAUUCCAGACUCUGAGAUGUGGGUCUGAGUCCAGACUCUGAGAUGUGGGUCUGGUCCAGACUCUGAGAUGUGGGUCUGAGUCCAGACUCUGAGAUGUGGGUCUGGUCCAGACUCUGAGAUGUGGGUCUGAGUCCAGACUCUGAGAUGUGGGUCUGGUCUAGACUCUGAGAUGUGGGUCUGGUCCAGACUCUGAGAUGUGGGUCUGGUCCAGACUCUGAGAUGUGGGUCUGGUCCAGACUCUGAGAUGUGGGUCUGAGUCCAGACUCUGAGAUGUGGGUCUGGUCCAGACUCUGAGAUGUGGGUCUGAGUCCAGACUCUGAGAUGUGGGUCUGGUCCAGACUCUGAGAUGUGGGUCUGAGUCCAGACUCUGAGAUGUGGGUCUGGUCCAGACUCUGAGAUGUGGGUCUGGUUCCGUGUUUGUUGAUGUUCUAUAAAGUUCUUCUGGUUUCUGUCGAGCAACUUCAGCAUCAAACUAAAUAAAAGCUUUUUCUGCUGCA